AUGCAUCGGACGCUCGCACAAGCAUUACUGGCCAUUGGCUUGGUCCAGGCCCAAUCGUACCCAAACAACACGAACCCUACCAACAGUUCGAGUCCUCUGAACAAUGCGGACAGCCCGCCGUUCUACCCCAGUCCGUGGAUCGAGGGAACUGGUGACUGGGCUGAAGCGUAUGCUAAGGCCCAAGCCUUUGUUCGCCAACUGACUCUUCUCGAGAAGGUCAAUCUCACAACAGGCACUGGCUGGCAGAGUGAUAAUUGUGUCGGAAACGUGGGCGAGAUUCCCCGUCUCGGCUUCAAGGCUUUGUGUAUGCAGGACAGCCCUCUCGGUGUUCGUUUCGCCGACUACGUCUCUGCGUUCCCUGCUGGUGGCACUGUUGCUGCAUCAUGGGACCGUGGUGAGUUCUACCGCCGAGGAUACCAAAUGGGCUCAGAGCACCGCGGCAAGGGUGUUGAUGUUCAGCUUGGACCCGUCGUUGGCCCCAUUGGCCGCAAUCCUAAAGGCGGUCGCAACUGGGAGGGAUUCUCACCUGACCCAUACCUCUCAGGCCACGCUGUUGCCGAGACCGUUCGCGGUAUCCAGGACGCUGGUGUUAUCGCUUGCACCAAGCACUUCAUCCUGAAUGAGCAGGAGCACUUCCGCUCGCCUGGCCAGUUCCAGGACUUUGGCUUUGUUGAUGCUAUCAGCACCAAUGUUGAUGACAAGACUCUGCACGAGUUGUACCUCUGGCCUUUCGCCGAUGCUGUACGCGCUGGCACGGGCUCAAUCAUGUGCUCUUACAACAAAGCGAACAACUCUCAGGUCUGCCAGAACUCGUACCUCCAGAACUACAUUCUGAAGGGCGAGCUCGGCUUCCAGGGUUUCAUUAUGUCAGAUUGGGAUGCUCAGCACGGCGGUGUCUCCUCCACUCAGGCCGGUCUCGACAUGACCAUGCCUGGAGACACUGACUUUAAUUCAGGCUUCUCCUUCUGGGGAACUAACCUCACCAUCUCCGUUCUCAACGGCACCGUUCCCCAGUGGCGCCUCGACGAUGCCGCAACACGUAUCAUGGCUGCCUACUACUACGUUGGUCGCGACCAGGACACCACUGAGACCAACUUCAACAGCUGGACUCGUGAGACCUACAACUACCGCAACUUCUAUGGCAAGGCUGACUACGAGCUUGUCAACCAGCACAUCAAUGUUCGUGAUGAGCACUUCCGUGCUAUUCGUUCCUCGGCCGCCAAGUCCACGGUCCUGUUGAAGAACAAUGGCGCUCUCCCUCUCUCUGGAAACGAGAAGUGGACCGCAGUCUUCGGCAAGGAUGCUGGUGAAAAUCUGUACGGACCCAACGGCUGCAGUGACCGUGGUUGCGACAACGGCACUCUCGCCAUGGGCUGGGGCUCAGGAACCGCUGACUUCCCCUACCUCAUUACUCCGCUCGAGGCCAUCAAGCGCGAAGUCACUGAUGCUGGUGGUCUUCUAUCAUCCGUCAUCGACAACUAUGCCUACUCUCAGAUCCAGAUCUUGGCCGCACAGGCUAGCGUCGCUAUUGUUUUUGUCAACGCCGACUCCGGUGAAGGCUAUAUCACCGUCGACACCAACUUCGGUGACCGCAACAACCUCACCAUCUGGCACGACGGCGAUACUCUGAUUCAGAACGUUUCCUCGCUCUGCAAUAACACCAUCGUUGUCAUCCACUCCGUUGGCCCCGUCCUCGUCAACUCCUUCUACGACUCCGAGAACGUCACCGCCGUCCUCUGGGCUGGUCUUCCCGGCCAAGAAUCCGGCAAUUCCAUCGCCGACAUCCUCUACGGCCGCGUCAACCCCGGCGGCAAGCUCCCCUUCACCUUCGGUACCGCAGCCGAAGAGUACGGUCCCGACCUGAUCUACACACCCAUCGCGGGCAACGACUCUCCACAGGACAACUUUGAAGAGGGCGUGUUCAUCGACUACCGCGCGUUCGACCAGAAAAACAUCACACCUGUGUACGAAUUCGGGUUCGGACUCUCCUACACCACAUUCUCGUACUCCAACAUCAACGUCGAGAAGAAGAGCGCCGGUCAAUACACGCCCACAACGGGCCAGACCACCGCUGCGCCCACCCUAGGCAACUUCAGCACGGACCUGCAGGACUACCAGUGGCCCGCUAACCUGACGCGCGAGGGCACCUUCAUCUACCCGUACCUGAACAGCACGGAUCUCGCCAAAGCGUCUUUCGACCCGGAGUACGGUCUGGAGUACACCUGGCCCGCCGGCUCCAGCGACGGAUCACCCCAGAAGCGCAUCCCUGCCGGCGGCGCGCCAGGAGGCAACCCGCAGCUGUGGGACGUUUUAUUCACCGUCACGGCCUCGAUCGCCAACAAUGGCACGCUCCCCGGCGACGAGGUCGCGCAGCUGUACCUUUCCCUCGGCGGUCCGGACGACCCGCCCGUUGUCCUGCGUGGAUUCGACAGGUUGAGCAUCCAGCCGGGGCAGACUGUGACGUUCUCGGCUGAUGUCCUGCGCCGCGAUGUGAGCAACUGGGAGACCGAGACCCAGAACUGGGUCAUCUCCGAGUACCCCAAGAAGAUCUACGUUGGUGCUUCGUCGAGGAAGCUCUACCUCGAGGCCGACCUUGAUCUGUCGGAGUACCGGUCCUGA